AUGGUAAGAAAUUCUACGAUUUCCCCGAAAAAACUGAGAAUUUAUAAUUCCGGUCACUUAAUCUACGUUUUCAGGCACUCGUUUUCUCGCCGGAAUUUUCUGGGCGGUCUUAGUUCUUCUGAUUCUCACAUCAGUAGGAGAAAACAUGAGCAAUCAGCUGUUUUGCUUCCGGUUACUCCUACUGGUCAUAAGGUGUUCGACGAAAUGCCCAAUAGAGAGAAUAGAACGGUUGAGACAAGCUUUAUGUUUUUGCGAGAUGUACUUAGAUCCUCCAUGAUGAGUACAGAGGCAGAGACUCCGAGGAGUAUCCAUUGUUUCGCUCUGAAGAGUGGGUUUCUUCAAGAUUUGCCUUCAUCUUCGAAGCUUCUGACGCUUUACAGUAAAGUCGGAGACUUGGUGUCUUCUUUGGGUCUGUUUGGUGAACUGAAAGUGAAAGAUGUGAUUGUUUGGAACAGUAUGAUCACUUCUCUGAAUCAAAAUGGUCGUUCCAUGGCAGCUGUUGGAUUGUUCGUUGAGAUGAUUAAGAAGGGAACCGAGUUUGAUUCUACAACGCUCUUACUUGCAGCUUCGGCGUUAUCAAGUCUGAACCUUUCGAAUAAAUGUCCACUGGUUCAUUGUUUGGCAAUAGAGGCUGGAUUGGUUUCUGAUCCUAGCUUGUGCAAUGCACUGAUGAAUCUUUAUGCUAAAGACGAGGAUUUGAGCUCAGCAGAGUGUGUAUUCGCAGAUAUGGUACACCGAGACAUUGUCUCUUGGAACACAAUCGUUACUAAAUGUCUUGCAAAUGGUCAUCCCUGGAAAUCGUUGAAUUACUUCAAGUCAAUGACUCGUUCAGGACAAGAAGCUGAUAAUGUGACUUUUUCGUGCGUAAUCUCAGCUUGCGCUUCUCUUAAAGAGCUUCCUUUGGGCGAAUCCUUCCACGGGGUGGUUAUAAAAUCAGGUUAUAUCCCAGAAGCUCAUGUCUCUGUGGCCAACUCGCUCGUUUCGAUGUACUCAAAAUGCGGGGGCACUGAUGCUGCGGAAACCGUGUUUGAACAAAUAUUAUGCAAGGAUGUGAUUUCCUGGAAUGCAAUCCUUAAUGGUUUUGCUACAAAUAGGAUGUUUCAAGAAUCAUUUGGUAUUUUUAAGGAAAUGCAAUUGGUGGAUAGGAUUCAGCCUGAUAUCGCCACGAUGGUUACAGUAACUUCCAUCUGUGGUGAUAUAUGUCUGCCACGAGAGGGUAGAGCAAUUCAUGGCUACAUGGUUCGCAGGGAGCUGCAAUCCAGAGCAUUAGAGGUGAUAAACAGCUUAAUCGAUAUGUACGGUAGGUGUGGCUUAACAAGGCAGGCUGAGUUGCUGUUCAAGAUUACAACUGAUAGAGACUUAGUUUCAUGGAACUCGAUGUUAUCUGCUUUUGUGCAAAAUAGGUUUACUCAAGAAGCUAAGAAUCUGUUCAAGGAAGUUCUUAGUGAAUAUUCUUGUUCAAAGUUUAGCUUGUCUACUGUGUUGGCAAUUCUUCCGUCUUGUGAAUCCUCUGAUUCUCUCAUCUUUGGCAAGUUAGUCCACUGUUGGCAGCUAAAGCUAGGAUUUGGGGAUAAUAUCCUUUCGGCUAAUUCAGUUAUAAACAUGUACAUCAGUUGCAGGGACCUAAUUUCAGCAUUCUUGCUGUUAGAGACGAUAUCCGAAUCAAGGGAUCUCGCAUCUUGGAACUCUGUUAUCUAUGGCUGUGCAUCGAAUGGUCACCACUCAGAAUCACUGAGAGCGUUUCAAGCAAUGAGUCGUGAAGGGAUAGUUAGCCAUGACAUGAUUACUCUUCUAGGUACUAUCUCGGCAUGUGGAAACCUCGGACUGGUCUUACAAGGAAGAUGCUUUCAUGGUCUAGCCAUUAAGACUUUGAGAGAAUCUGAGACCCAAUUGCAGAACACGUUGAUCACCAUGUAUGGUAGAUGUAAAGACAUCGAUAGUGCAGUGAAAGUCUUCGGCUUGAUCUCUGACCCUAACUUAUGUUCGUGGAACUGUGUGAUAUCAACUUUGUCUCAGAAUAAAGCUGGACAAGAAGCGAUUCAGCUCUUUAGAAAACUCGAGUUAGAGCCGAACGAGAUCACAUUCGUUGGCCUUCUCUCUGCUUCAACUCAGCUUGGGUAUGCAGGCUAUGGUAUGCAGACACAUUGCCAUCUCAUUCGCCGUGGAUAUCAGGCUAACCCUUUUCUCUGUGCUGCACUCGUGGACAUGUACAGCAGCUGCGGGAUGCUAGAAACCGGCAUGAAAGUUUUUAGAAAGUCAGGGGAGAAAUCAAUUGCUGCUUGGAACUCUGUUAUUUCUGCAUAUGGAUUUCAUGGAAUGGGAGAGAAGGCAAUGGAAAUAUUCAAGGAAAUGAGGACGAGGAUGGAGCCAAACAAGAGCACUUUCAUAAGCCUUUUGUCAGCCUGCAGUCACUCUGGGUUUAUAGAUGAAGGUCUAAGAUAUUACAACCAAAUGGAGGAUGAAUUCGGAGUGAAACCAGUUUCCGAGCAUCGGGUUUGCGUUGUUGACAUGCUUGGCCGGGCAGGGAAGCUGAGAGAAGCUUAUGAGUUCAUCAAAGGGAUCGGAGAGCGACAGGAAGCAGGUGUAUGGGGAGCUUUGUUGAGUGCUUGUAACUAUCAUGCGGACACAAAGUUGGGGAAAGAAGUUGCAGAAGUGUUGUUUGAAAUGGAACCAGACAAUGCAUCUUACUAUAUCUCAUUGUCAAAUACAUAUGUUGGGUUGGGAGAUUGGGAAGAAGCUGUACGGCUACGCAAGAUGGUAGAGGAUAAAGCUUUGAAGAAGGUCCCUGGUUACAGUGUUAUAAAUCUUAGUGUUUCUUGAAAUUUUCCUAUUAUCAGUUAGAUUGGCUUAGAGGCUGUGUGAGAACUUAGAAGCAAGAUAAAUAAUAAU